UGAAAAGAGGCAGCCGGGAUUUUUUGGGGCUUGCUCCUUUCACGGUUCCGGGGAAAAACGCCCCGCUUUUUCCGGGCAGCCGAAGCAGACACCGGUCACGCGUGCUGCCUUCAUCACACCACACCUAGACAGCACCCACAACACCCCAAAAAGCUUCCCACGGCAAGUCGACCACCAUGGCUGAGCGCGGGAAGCGCCAGGAUCCCACAGACCCCGCAGCGCAACGCCGGGAGAAGCGCCGUCGACGAGCUAUCGACGAGGAGAAUGCAGCCCAGGAAGACAAGAGAUUCACGGAACGGGAGCCCAUCUACGAGCCCAAGCGACUUCCUUGGGCCCAACACGAGGCGGACCUCGAUAAACGGCGCGGCUGGCGGCGGUCGUACCGCAUGGAGAAAGGCAGUUUCCACAAGCUCGUCGAGCUACUCCGCCCUUCGCUGGAAGUCAACGCCUUCUUCGGCGUUACUGGGAUGGAUGUCCUAGUCAUGUUUGGCUUGUCGGUGGCGGUCACAUACCAGAUCUUGUGGGAGGUGAUCGAUGCCAUCAACAACACGCCUGCGGUUGGGGCAUUUGACUUCCCCCUGACCGAGGAAGGCUGUAUGCGAAACGCCAACAGAUUCAAGGACAAGAGCACCGAUGGCAUUUUUUCGUGGGUCGUCGCCGCCGUGGAUGGUCUGUUCAUCAAGGCCGAGGCUCCGCGUGCGAAAGAGACCAAAAAUGUCAUCGCGUACUACCCUGGCAGCAAGUCCGCGUACGGCAUCAACGUGCAAGCGAUGUGCACCGCCGACUACCGGUUCUGCGCAAUGUCGGCGAUCUCUCCAGGCUCGACGAACGACUGGGUGGCAUGGACUCGAUCUUCCCUCGCCAAGGCCGUCGCCCGCUUGCCCGCCGGAUUUCACAUCAUUGGUGACGCCGCCUACCCCAUCGGAGAAAAGCUUCUAACUCCGUACCCUGGGAGGCAACUGCCGGCGGGCGAGGACUCGUUCAACUUCCACCUGAGCCAGCUUCGUGUUAAGAUCGAGCAGAGCUUCGGCAUCCUGGUUUCGACUUGGGGCAUUCUGUGGAGACCUCUCCGCGUGCAGCUCGGAGGACGCGCGGAUCUCAUCACAGCUCUUUUUCAUCUGCACAACUUCCUGCAAGACGAGAAGGUAGCGCCGAUCCAGCUUUCAGAGGAGGACUCCCGCAGCGGACUCAACCGGCCGGCCCUCUGUGCCACCCAGCGCACCUUGCCGGAUGGCUGGGGAACGGAGCCGGCUCCUUCGAGGAGCGGUGAGACCCCGGCCCGAGCGGCUAUCCGCAAGGCCCUGGAGUUAAAGAAGCAGUGGAGGCCGGACUACAACCACCAGAGGAAUUCGUAA